AUGUACACAGAAAAGCUUCCCGAGCUCCAACCCUCCAGAUGUUUACCAAAGCCAGCGGCCAACGUCAAAGAUAAGCAGACGCCGCUGAAGAACCAGCUCCGCCUCCUCCACACUCAGCCCGGCCGCGCGUGGAGACCGGCCCGCCACGGGAUGCUCCUCCCGGGAUGGGACACGCCGCCGCCGCUCCCGUCCUCCUUUCAUCAGCGCGCACCGCGGGAGGAAGGACUCCCAAAGCGACCGUAUGCAAACACUUUACCGGAGCUGCCGCCACAUGUCAAGGAAAAGAGGGCCCAGCUGGUGCAGAGAGGCGUCGCCGCGCCGACCCCCUGUCCGCCCAAUCAGCCGCCCGCCUCCAAGAGAACCAGGAGGCAGUCCCUCUCCGGCUUCUCCCGGGGCUCCCCCGCCGCCCGGCCCUCGCCCGCCCCGCCGGCGGCCGCCCUGAAGCGGCCGCGCCCCAGCGGCGACGUGGCGGCGGCGGCAGCGGUGGGGGACGCGGCCGUCCUCAGCCCCCCCGACAUCAUCAGACUCAUCCGGAGCAAACCGGACGUCGGCUUCCUCUACAUGACGUCGGCCGUGCCCAGGUCCUCCAUCGACUACGACCCUUUCUACCUGAAAAUCGUAACGUACGAGAACCUCCCCAAGCACGACUACCUCACGGUGAGCCUGGAAGGCGUGCUGUCCGUGACCGAGGACACGCACGACCACGUGCCCCUGGAGCGCUGGGAGCAGGAGUACCACCUCCACCGCCGGCUGCUGCUCAUCCCCACCUUCGCCCGCUUCCCCAAGUGGAGGGCCUUCCGCCUGUGGCGCGGCAACGUGCGCGCCAAGAAGAUCCACAAGGACAGGGAGUCACUGCAGGAGAGCCUCAUCAUCGUCAACAAGUCUCUCCGCCCGGCUCUGAUGGACAUACGGGAGAUGUGUUACCGCCUCAGCGACCUGGGUCUGUGCCACAGCGAGGCCGACCGCACCUACGGCCUGCGGGAGUUCCAGGAGAUCCAGCACCGACAUCUGGAAGAGGUGUCUUCGAGGCUGGAGGAGUUUCGGGAGCAGGUGAAGGCGGUGGCCAUGGACGCCUGCCGCAGCGCCAUGCGAGAGGAGGGAUACACACCGGACUCUGCCCAAAGGAGGCUGAGCUACAUGGAAAAGCUCAAGAAGCAACACCACUGCAUUCGCCUCACGUGCUUCGUGCGGCUGAUUGACUACUUGGUGGUCCACACCAUGUACACCCUGAUGGCGAACUCUGUGGCCGGACUGCUGACGGCCUUCCAGGACCAGGUGGGUCAGACCCCCGGGCGGGCCAGCAUCCAGCGCUGGGGCCAGCGUGAGACCACCACAGAGGCCCCCUCUGAGGAGAAGACGGAGGGGACGGAGCAUCCGGAGGAGGAGGUGGUGGAGAUGGAGGAGGUGGAGGAGGGGCCGGCUCGGAGGUCUGCCGACGGUGACGCCGUCGCCCCCGCCAGGCCCAUGUUCAGCACCGAGCUGAUGCUGGACACACAGACCCUCACCUACCAACCGUCCCAGGACCACUUUCAGGAGACCAUGGGAGAAAUCCUGGGCCGCUGCCGGGAGACGGUGCUGUCUGUCGACACACUCGUGGCGGAUGAUUAUUUUAAUUCCUUUACUCAGCCCAUAAUUAACAACAAGGUAAUUAAUUACGGGACGCACUCGGGUCCCUGUUUGGAAGCCAUUCUAGAAGAUGACACCAACGUCAAGACCAUCAUCCAGAACAUCAAGCAAUCGCUCCAGGUGGCCUUUGACUCCGCGCAUGUAUACUCCUCCACCUUCGAGCACUUCUGGAACUUCUACAAGGAGAACGAGAGCCUCAAUCUGGAUGAACUGCAAACACAAGAUCACGACGUGGUGUUUUUUAGGGAAAGUCUCCAGAAGUAUCACUGGCAGUAUAAACAAGCCCUGGCCAUCACACAACAGAGACAACUGGGGCUGCUCCUAGUAGACACGGCUCAGCUGAAAAACAACCUCACCCCAUCUCCCCUACGCUGUCUGGAGACCGUCCAUGAGAUGCUGCCCCUGCUGGCCAAGAAGAGGCUGGACGCCAUCAUGUCCGAGUCCCUGGACGCCCAGAUCAGGCUGGGGGUCGUCCCCUCGGCCACCACCGAGUUCGUCAACUCCCUGACCUUCCUGGACGAGAUACAGGAAAGAAUCUCAGUGCUGGAGGAGCAGCAGGAGGUGGUGUCCCAGAUGUACCAUCUGAUCCAGACGUACGAGGUGCCCACGCCCCCAGAGGACCUGGCCAUGUUCGCCACGCUGGGCCCGUCCAUGACGGCCGUGCAGGGCGCCGUGGAGAAGGCGUCCGCGGAGAGGGACGCCAACGUGGACAAGUUCUGCACCUUCCUGCAGAGGGACAUCAAGGAGCUCAACCAGGAGGUCAAGGCCGUCAAGGAGAAGGCGCACGACGGCCAGGUCCUGGACAUCGCCGCUGACCCGGCCAGAGUGCGUCUGCUCCUGGGGGACAUCCAGAUCUCCAUCGACGAGCUCCACGCCCAGGCCACCACCUACAGCUCCUACCAGAGGAGAUUCCAGGUGGAGCUGACCGGGUUCGAUGCCCUCGAGGAGCUGAGUGCGGAGGUGAAGCUCAAGCACCUGCUGUGGGACUCGCUGGAGGAGUGGGAUACCGUCCAUGACACCUGGAUGCAGGCCCCGUUCGACCAGUUGGACCCGGAGCAGCUCAGCGCGCAGGUCACCAAGUACGCCAAGUGUGUGACCCAGCUGGAGAAGGGCCUGCCGCCCUGCAGCGCCGUGCCCAGCCUCAAGCGCCGAGUGGACGCCAUGAGGGACAAGAUGCCGGUGAUCCUGGACCUCCGCAACCCGUGUCUGAAGGCCCGCCACUGGGAGGUCCUGGAGACGGUGGUGGAGGCGUCGCUGACGGACGAGCCGCUGUGCCUGGCCACCCUGGAGCGGCUCAACGUCUUCUCCUACGGGGAGGAGAUCCAGGAGGUGUCCGGACAGGCGUCGGGCGAGACCUCGUUGGAGACCAUCAUCAAGAAGGUGGAGGAUGCCUGGAAGGCCACAGAGUUCACGGUUCUCACUCACCGCGAUGCUCAGGACGUCUUCAUCCUGGGUGGCACUGAUGACAUCCAGGUACUUCUGGACGACAGCAUCAUCAACAUCGCAACGGUGGCGUCCUCCCGCCAUGUUGGGCCCAUCAAAGCCAGAGUGGAGGAGUGGCACAAGAAGCUGUCCCUGUUCAGCGACACUCUGGACGAGUGUCUGACGUGCCAGAGGAACUGGCUGUAUCUUGAGAGCAUCUUCUCCGCUCCGGACAUCCAGCGGGAGCUGGGCGCCGAGGCCAAGAUGUUCCAGCAGGUGGACAAGUCCUGGAAGGAGAUCAUGAGGAGGAUCAACAUGCACCCCAACGCCCUGUGGGCCGCCACCCAGCCCGGUCUACUGGAAAUCUUUCAAAACAACAACGCUCUACUGGACCAGAUACAGAAGUGUCUGGAAGCUUACCUGGAGUCCAAGAGAGUUAUCUUUCCCAGGUUCUACUUCCUGUCCAACGACGAGCUGCUGGAGAUCCUGGCGCAGACGCGGAACCCCCAGGCCGUGCAGCCCCACCUCCGCAAGUGUUUCGACGCCAUCACCCGGCUGGAGUUCGCCCCGGCGGCCCCCGACGGCGCGCCCCCGGCGGAGCAGACUGAGCCGGGGGCCGGCGGGGGGGAGCCGGGGGCCGGCGGGGGGGACCCGGGCCCCGGCGGGGAGCAGGAGAAGGCCUUCAGUAACGAUGUCCUGGCCAUGGUGUCCCCCGAGGGAGAGAAGGUGGGCCUGUCCCGGGGUCUGAAGGCGCGGGGGAACGUGGAGGACUGGCUCUGUAAGGUGGAGGAGGCCAUGUUCUCCUCGCUGCGCCGCCUCAGCAAGGCCGCCAUCGUGGACUACCAGGACCGCUCCCGCGAGGAGUGGGUGGUGGCCGGACACCCCUCCCAGGUGGUGCUGACGAUCUCUCAGAUGAUGUGGUGCCGGGACCUCGAUGGCGUUCUGGAAGGGGACCACAACCACUUUGAGGCCCUGCAGGAGUUUGAGAUCACCAACUUUGAUAGGCUCAACGCGCUGGCGGCGCUGGUGCGAGGCCAGCUGCCCAGACUUCACCGUGACAUCAUCACGGCCCUGAUCACCGUUGACGUGCACGCCCGCGACAUCGUGACCGACCUGGUCCGCCAGAAGGUGGACUCCAGCGCCAGCUUUGAGUGGCAGAGACAGCUGAGGUACUACUGGGACGUGGAGCUGGACAACUGCAUGGCCACCAUGGCGCUGUCUACCUACGUCUACGGCUACGAGUACCUGGGGGCCUGUCCCCGGCUGGUGAUCACACCGCUCACGGACCGCUGCUACCUCUGUCUAAUGGGGGCCCUGCAGCUGGACCUCGGGGGGGCCCCCGCGGGCCCCGCGGGGACCGGCAAGACGGAGACCACCAAGGACCUGGCCAAGGCCCUGGCCAUCCAGUGUGUGGUCUUCAACUGCUCCGACGGCCUGGACUACAAGAUGAUGGGGCGGUUCUUCAGCGGCCUGGCCCAAUCAGGGGCCUGGUGCUGCUUCGACGAGUUCAACCGCAUCGACAUCGAGGUGCUUUCUGUCAUCGCCCAGCAGCUCAUCACCAUCCGGAACGCCAAGAUGGCCAAGCUGUCCAGGUUCACGUUCGAGGGCCGUGAGAUCAACCUGGUGACGUCGUGUGCCGCCUUCAUCACCAUGAACCCCGGCUACGCAGGCCGCACGGAGCUCCCCGACAACCUCAAGGCCCUGUUCAGACCCAUCGCCAUGAUGGUGCCCAACUACGCCCUCAUCGCAGAGGUGAUCCUGUACUCCGAGGGCUUUGAGUCGAGCAAAACGCUGGCCAGGAAGAUGACCCAGAUGUACAAGCUGUGCUCGGAACAGCUGUCUCAGCAGGAUCACUACGACUUCGGCAUGAGGGCCGUCAAAUCGGUCCUGGUCAUGGCAGGGUCUCUGAAGAGGGAGAACCCUGACCUCAGUGAAGAUGUGGUUCUCAUCCGAGCCCUGAGGGACUCCAAUCUCCCCAAGUUCCUCACCGACGAUGCUGUGUUGUUUGGGGGGAUCCUCUCCGACCUGUUCCCCGGCGUGUCCAUCCCCGCCCACGACUACGGCGUCCUGCACUCCACCAUCCUGGAGUCCCUGGUCAAACGCAACCUGCAGCCUCUGGCCGGCAUGACCAGCAAGGUGAUCCAGCUGUAUGAGACCAUGAUGGUGCGCCACGGUGUGAUGCUGGUGGGGCCGACGGGCGGGGGGAAGACCACGGUGUACACGGUGCUGGCCGACGCCCUGCAGGCCCUCCACGCCGCGGGCCACGGCGCCGCCAACCCCUUCUACCUGCCCGUCCAGACCCACGUGCUCAACCCCAAGUCGGUCACCAUGGGGGAGCUCUACGGAGAGAUCAACUCCCUGACCCUGGAGUGGCGUGACGGCCUCAUGGCGCUGAGCGUGCGCUCGGCGUCCGCCGACCUCAGCGGCGACCACCAGUGGAUCGUGAGCGACGGGCCGGUGGACGCGCUGUGGAUCGAGAACAUGAACACCGUGCUGGACGACAACAAGAUGCUGUGCCUGGCCAACAGCGAGCGCAUCAAGCUCAGCAACCUCAUACACAUGCUGUUUGAGGUCCAGGACCUGUCGGUGGCGUCCCCAGCCACAGUGAGCCGCUGUGGGAUGGUGUACAUCGACCCAGACGAGCUCAAGUGGAAGCCCUACGUCCAGACCUGGCUCAGCGGCCUCGGGGAGCAGCUCCCAGAGGCAGUGGGUGUGUACGUUCUGGAUCUGUUUGAGCAGUACGUGGAGAAGGGUCUCAGGUUUGUGUUGAAGCACUGUGCCCAGGCCAUCAGCCAAGUGGACAUCAGUAAGGUCACCACCCUCUGCUGCCUGCUGGAGGCGCUGUUGCUGGGCAAAGGUGGACCCGACCUGAAAAUGGAGGCCAAGCACCUGGACAGCGUGCUGUGCCAGACCUUUGUGUUUUGCUACCUGUGGGCGGUGGGGGGGAACCUCACCGAGGCCCACUGGGACCCCUUCGAGAGCUUCGUCCGCGGGCAGUUUGAGGACAACAACGAUGCAAAGCUCCCCAGCUCCGGGGACCUGUGGGGCGUGUACAUGAACCUGGAGCACCAGCGUCUGGAGCCCUGGGAGGAGAUCCUGCCCUCCUUCCGGUUCCACAGGGACCAGGCCUUCUGCGACAUGCUGGUGCCCACCACCGACACCGUGCGCUACGGCUACCUCAUGCAGCGCCUGCUGUCCGUCCGCCGCUCCGUCCUCUUCACCGGCCUGACCGGGGUGGGCAAGUCGGUGGUGGCCCGUGGUCUGCUGAACGGGGUGCAGGAGGAGGCGGGCUACCUCCCCGUCUACAUCAACUUCUCGGCCCAGACGUCGUCCGCCCGCACCCAGGAGAUCAUAGAGUCCAAGCUGGACAAGAAGAGGAAGAACCUCCUGGGCUGCUAUGGCUGCAGGCAGCAGGCUUUUGCCCGGGACCGCGUGAAGAACGGCCUCACCAAGCUGCUGGAGACCAACAUCCUGGUGGACAAGAUGAAGAUCGACCUGUCGGCCCUGGAGCCCGUGCUGCUGCAGAAGUCCACCGACGUCAACGCGCUGAUGGAGAAGCUGGCCGUGGACCAGGAGAGCGCCGACAAGGUGCGCGAGGUGGUGAAGGAGGACGAGGCCUUGGCCACGGUGAAGGCCGAGGACACCCAGGCCAUGGCGGACGACGCCCAGCGGGACCUGGACGAGGCUCUGCCCGCCCUGGAGAGCGCCAACAAGGCCCUCAACGCCCUGGACAAGGCCGACAUCUCCGAGAUCAGGGUCUUCACCAAGCCCCCCGACAUGGUCAUGACCGUCAUGGAGGCCGUGUGCAUCCUGCUCAACGCCAAACCGGACUGGGCCGGGGCCAAACAGCUGCUAGGGGACUCCACCUUCCUGAGGCGCCUGAUGGAGUACGACAAAGCCAACAUUAAGCCCCAGAUCCUGCUGAAGCUGCAGAAAUAUGUCAACAAUCCCGACUUCAUCCCGGAGAAGGUGGAGAAGGUCUCCAAAGCCUGCAAAUCCAUGUGCAUGUGGGUCAGAGCCAUGGACCUGUACUCCAGGGUCCUGAAGACAGUGGGCCCCAAGAGAGCCAAGCUAGCCGCGGCGCAGGCGGAGCUGGACGAGACCAUGGCCACGCUGGCGGAGAAGCAGGGCCAGCUGCAGGCGGUGCAGGAGCAGAUCAGAGUCCUGCAGGAGCAGUUCACCAGCAGCAUGGCAGAGAAGGACGAGCUGGCCCAGACCAUGGCCCUGACGGAGGCACGCCUGGGCCGCUCAGGGAAGCUGACGGCGGCGCUGGGCAGCGAGCAGGCCCGCUGGGCCGAGAGCAUCGCGCUCUUCGAGGAGGAGAUCCACAACGUGGUGGGCAACGUGUUCAUCGCGGCCGCCUGCGUGGCCUACUACGGGGCCUUCACCGCCCAAUACCGCCAGCUGCUCAUCGACCACUGGAUGGCGCAGUGCCAGGAGCUGUCCAUCCCCAUCAGCGAAAGCUUCAGCCUGAUUAACAUCCUGGGCGACCCCUACGUCAUCCGCCAGUGGAACAACGAGGAGUUGCCCCGGGAUACCGUCUCCACGGAGAACGCCAUCCUGGUGACCCGGGGCCGGCGCUGGCCCCUCAUGAUCGACCCCCAGGAUCAGGCGAACCGAUGGAUCCGGUCCAAGGAGAGUAAGAACGGGCUGAAGGUGAUCAAGCUGACGGACUUCAGCUUCCUGCGCACGCUGGAGAACGCCAUCCGCAUGGGCAUGCCCGUGCUGUUGGAGGAGUUGAAGGAGACCAUCGACCCAGCCCUGGAGCCCAUCCUGCUGAAGCAGACGUUUGUGUCGGGCGGCCGCCUGCUGAUCCGCCUCGGGGACUCGGACAUCGACUACGACAAAAACUUCCGCUUCUACAUGACCACCAAAAUGGCCAACCCACACUACCUGCCUGAGGUGUGCAUCAAAGUGACCAUCAUCAACUUCACCGUGACCAAGUCUGGCCUGGAGGAUCAGCUGCUAAGUGACGUGGUUCGUCUGGAGCGUCCGGACCUGGAGGAGCAGAGGAACCAGCUCAUCGUCCGCAUCAACGCCGACCGCAACCAGCUGAAAGCCAUCGAGGACCGCAUCCUGAAGCUGCUCUUCACCUCCGAGGGGAACAUCCUGGACAACGAGGAGCUGGUGGUCACCCUGCAGGAGUCCAAGGUGACGUCGGAGGCCAUCCAGCUGCGGCUGCAGGAGGCGGAGGCCACGGAGGAGAUGAUCAACGCCGCCCGCGAGCGCUACAGGCCCGUGGCCACGCGCGGCUCCCUCAUGUACUUUGUCAUCGCCAGCCUCUCGGAGAUCGACCCCAUGUACCAGUUCUCCCUCAAGUACUUCAAGCAGCUCUUCAACGGGACCAUCGAGACGUCGGAGCACGACAGCGAGCUGGAGCGCCGGCUGCAGACGCUGCUGGACCAGACGCUGCUGGCCUCCUACUCCAACGUGGCGCGGGGCCUCUUCGAGCGCCACAAGACCAUCUACAGCUUCCUGCUGUGCCUGGAGAUCAUGAGGCAGCGGGGGGAGGUGUCCGAGGCCGAGUGGCAGCACUUCCUGCGCGGGGCGCCGGCCCUGGACGAGGGGUGCGCGGCCCGGCCUGACGCCCCGUGGCUCAGUGACCUCCAGUGGCAGACGUGCUGCGGGCUGGAGAGCACGCUGCCCUGCUUCAGGGGCCUCGGCCGCAGCCUCACCAGCUCCAACAUCUGCAUCACGCUGGGCCGUAUGCAGGCAUCCAUCAACCCCGAGAGCUGGGAGGGCUACGACUCACUGGAGGAGGGGGGGCCGAGCCAGCGGAGCCACUGGAACGAGAAGCUGGGCGACUUUCAGAAACUGCUGCUCAUCAAGAGCUUCAUGGAGGAGAAGGUGGUGUUCGCCGUCACCCAGUUUGUGAUCGUGAGCCUGGGGCAGCCGUUUGUGGAGAACCCGCCGGUGGACCUGGCCACACUGUACGGCGACAUGACGCCCGCCACCCCGCUGGUCUUCAUCCUCAGCACGGGCUCCGACCCCAUGGGGGCCUUCCAGCGCUUCGCCAAGGAGAGGGACUGCCUGGACAGGGUGAAGUCCAUCUCACUGGGCCAGGGCCAGGGCCCGAUCGCCGAGAAGCUCAUCCGGGAGGCCCUGGAGAGCGGCGAGUGGAUCUUCCUCCAGAACUGUCACCUGGCUGUCUCCUGGAUGCUGGCCAUGGAAGAGCUCAUUAAAACCUUCACGGAGCCCGACACCUCCAUCCAUCAGAACUUCCGUCUGUUCCUCAGCUCCAUGCCCAGCAAAGUGUUCCCCAUUACCGUGCUGCAGAACUCUGUCAAAGUGACCAACGAGCCGCCCAAAGGCCUGCGGGCCAACGUGCGGCGGGCCUUCACCGAGAUUACCGGAAGCUACUUCGAGGAGCACGUCCUGGGGCGCCCCUGGAGGAAGAUCGUGUUCGGAGUCUGCUUCUUCCACGCCAUCAUACAGGAGAGGAAGAAGUUCGGGCCUCUGGGCUGGAACAUCGGCUACGAGUUCAGCGACAGCGACAGGGAGUGUGCCCUGCUCAACCUUCAGCUCUACUGCAAGGACACCACCAUACCCUGGGACGCUCUCACCUACAUCACCGGUGAGAUCACCUACGGGGGCCGGGUGACAGACGCCUGGGACCAGCGUUGCCUCCGGACCGUCUUGAAGGGCUUCUUCUCUCCGGGGACCCUGGAGCCCGGCUACGCCUACUCCCCCUCAGGUGUCUACCUCGCCCCAGAAGAAGACCGGCUGGACGUGUACAAGAAGUACAUCGAGGGUCUGCCCAUCCUGGACGACCCCGAGGUCUUCGGCAUGCACGAGAACGCCAACCUCGCCUUCCAGCGGCUGGAGACCCUGACGCUGAUCAGCACCAUCCUGGAGGUGCAGCCGCGCUCCUCCGCCCUGGGCGGGGGCAAGAGCAACGACGAAAUCAUCCACGAGCUGGCCGACGCCAUCUUGGCUAAGAUACCCGAGCGUCUGGAUAUGGACGAGGCUGAGGAGCAGCUCUUCGUCAGGGACGCCAGCGGCCGGCUGGACUCCCUGACCACGGUGCUGGGGCAGGAGGUGGACCGCUUCAACCACCUGCUCAGGGUGCUCAGGACCUCUCUGAGCACACUGCAGAAGGCCCUGGCCGGCCUGGUGGUGAUGUCGGAGGAGAUGGAGCGCAUCUCCAGCAGCUUCCUCAACAACCAGGUGCCCUCCCACUGGGCCGGCGCCGCCUACCCCUCCCUGAAGCCGCUGGCCUCCUGGGUCCGCGACCUGGCCCUCCGCACCAGCUUCAUCCAGAGCUGGAUCACACGCGGUCAGCCCAAAUCGUUCUGGAUUUCCGGAUUAUUCUUCCCCCAGGGCUUCCUCACCGGGACGCUCCAGAACCACGCCCGGCGCUACAACCUGCCCAUCGACGAGCUGGGCUUCGCCUUCAGCGUGCUGCCGCUCUACAGGGACCAGACGGCCGUCGCUGAGGCCCUGGGGGGCCUGACCAGCAUCAAGGCCCCCCUGGACAUGGACGAAGAGCUGCCGGCGCCCGAGGACGGCGUGCUGGUCCACGGCAUGUUCAUGGACGCCUGCCGCUGGGACGACGUCGCCAUGGCGAUGGAGGACGCGUUGCCGCGGGAGAUGAACCCCCCGCUGCCCGUGGUCCACUUCGAGCCGCGGCUGAACUACGAGCCUGAGCCGGCGCUGUACCAGGCGCCGCUCUACAAGACCUCCGCCCGGGCCGGGACGCUGUCCACCACCGGUCACUCCACUAACUUCGUGGUGACGGUUCUGCUGCCGACCAGCAGACCAAGUGACUACUGGAUCUCCAAGGCCUCCGCACUGCUGUGUCAGCUCAACGAAUAACACACACACACACACACACACACACACUGACAAACACACACGCAACAAAACACACACGCACACACACACAAAACCCACCUCCUCCAUUCAGCCAAAAGAGCUUGAAA